AUGUUUGCCACUAGCGGUAGAGCAGCACGCCUAUUGCAGUCAUCAUCGUCAUUAUCGUCAUUAUCAUCAUCAGCAUCAUCAUCAUCACUAUGCGGCCGAGUUAGUCGAACCACCAACCCCCAACUCCCAUGGAUGGCACAACGAGCAGCCACCUAUGUUUCCAGAGCCCAUCCCCGUCCGGUUCCAGAAUUCACCGUCACGGAAGCCAUGCAAAUGGUUUUGGAGGGAAUUGAAGAACGAAAGGAAAAGCGGACCAAAAAGUGGGAACGCAAUGCACCCAAACGACAAGCCAAGGGUCUGAAGGACGAUGGUCCCUACCGCAAUCAAGAUGAAACGGUCGAGUUGGCGAUCAAUCUCAAUCUAGAUCCCAGACGACAAGGUCAAGCAUUGAGGGGGUCUCUGGUACUUCCACAUGGAACUGGAAAGACAAUACAAUGUUUGGUUCUUUCCAAGGACGCAGACGUAACCCAAAAGGCCAAAGCCGCAGGACAUGAAGCGGGUGGAGACGACCUCUUGGAGAAACUGAUUGCCGGUGAAGUCCCACUCGAUUCCUUUCAACGGGCUCUUUGUACCAAGGAUAUUUUGUCCGAUGUUCAGAAAAAGGCUGCCCGAUUGCUAGGACCUCGAGGAUUGAUGCCAAACCCCAAGACAAAUACUGUUUUCGAGGAGGGGUCAGUUCUUUUGGAAAAGUUGGAAGAGCAAUCCAACACCAUUACCUAUCGAACUGAAUCAUCUGGUAUCAUGCAUUUCCCAGUUGGCAAGGGUAGCUUUGACAGCAAGCAACUUUUGGACAACCUGCAGGCUAUCUGUCAAACUGUCCAAGACCAAAAGCCGGAGAGUUAUGGAAAGGGCAAGAAGAAGAAAAAGAUGGGAAAGAAUGUCAAGUACUGGAUUCGAGCGCACCUUACCAGUACGCAAGGAAAGGGAAUCCGAAUGGACUUGCGAACUGUAGACCCAACAUCUCCUUUCUUUAUGAAGGUUCCCGAAUAA